AACUACAAUCUAAUCUCUCUGCAGGAUCUUGAGUAUGGCAGGGAGAAACCGUUUACCUCGCCAGCCUGAGGGUUUCCGAGGUUUUCGUGAUGGACCCCAGCCUGUACUGCAUCGAGGACCAGGACCCCUUCCUCUUCACCCUGCUGCAAUGGAAGAGGAGCUCGAAAUCCAACAUAGAGAUAUUCAGAAGAUUCUUGCCGAGAAUAGACAUGUAGUUGAUGAAAACGUGAUGCUUCAGAGGGAAUUGGAAGCCACAAAGGACGAGAUUCGUAGAUUAGGUCAUGUCAUUCCCCAACUUCGUGCUGACAGAGAAGUACAGGCUAGGGAGUUGAUUGAGAGGGGAUUGAAGCUAGAAGCUGAGCUUCAUGCUGUUGAGCCUCUGAGGACAGAGGUUAUGCAGUUAAGGGCCGAAGCACAGAAAUUAAAUGCUUUACGGCAGGAUUUGUCAGGCCAAGUUCAAACUCUCACAAAGGACAUUUCUCGAUUGAAAACUGAGAAUCAGCAGCUAAAUGAUCUGAAAGCUGAUAUUGAUGGGCUGCACAAACAGCUAUUAGAAACCAGGAGAGCUUUUGAAUAUGAGAAGAAAGCAAAUGAGGAACAGGUGGAACAAAAGCAAGCUAUGGAGAAAAACCUUGUUUCCAUGGCUCGGGAAAUAGAAAAGCUACGAGCAGAGCAAAUGACUGUAGAGAGAGGAGCUCGUGGACUUGGUCCUGGGGGUUAUGGAAUGUUCAGUGGAAGCCCUGAAAUGAGAUAUGCAGGCAGUGCCUAUGGUGAUAUGUAUGGUGGUGGAGGUUGGGGAACGUAUGAUAAGCGUGGACCUCCCCGACGUUGAUCUGAUGUAGAG